AUGGCGGCGCCCAGUGCAUCGUCAUCAUGUCAAGUCCGCGUGGGUGUGAGGAUCAGACCUCUGACGAACAAUGAAAUCAAGCAAGGAGGAAAGCGAGUUCUGGACAUCUCGCCUCCAUGUGUUGGGAUUGGGGAGCGCCGCUUCACGUAUGAUGCCGUAUUCGACUCCUUCGUUGGGCAACAAGAACUCUACGAAAGUGUCUCCAAACCUUUGCUCGCCAGUUUUGUGGAUGGAUACAACGCGACGAUCAUGGCGUAUGGCCAGACAGGAUCAGGAAAGACUUUCACCAUGGGCAGUGAGGCUCACUCGGAGUUUGAAAGCGCGGCGCAUACAGGGUUGAUUCCUCGAUUCUUGGCAGAAAUAUUCGAUCAGCUACAAAGACAGAAAGAUUUGUCUCUCUCGCAAGACAUGCAGAACAAUGGUAAUGGUUCAGCAGCCAUGGACUUCAAAAUCUCUGCUUCGUUCUUGGAGGUGUAUGGGGAAGAUGUUCAUGAUUUGUUGGAUAGCAAUCGGCCAUCUUUGCCGCUUCGGGAGGACUCCAACGGAGGGAUCGUUAUAGCAGGACUCACAAAUAGUCCUGUGGUCAACGCAGCCGAAGCCUUAGAAGUGUUGAACGAAGGCACCAUGAAUCGAACAACCGCUGCCACGCUGAUGAAUCUUACCUCGAGUCGAUCCCAUGCAGUGUUUACAAUUCACUUAUCCAAAACAACGAGGUCAGCUAAUGCGGGUGACGUUGACAUGACAACCGAGUCCAAGUUUACCUUUGUGGAUUUGGCCGGAAGUGAAAGGAUGAAGAAAACGGGAGCUGAAGGAGAAAGAGCUCGAGAGGGCAUCAAGAUCAACGAAGGCCUCUUGGCUUUGGGGAACGUCAUCAAUGCACUGGCAGACGAGGAACGCUUGGCCAAAGAAAAGAAAGUGCAUGUCCCGUAUCGACAAUCUAAGCUCACACGUCUACUGCAGGACGCCCUCGGUGGAAACAGUCAAACUCUCUUCCUUGCUUGUGUGUCACCGUCGAACACUAAUGCAGGUGAAACAGUAUCAACGUUGCACUAUGCUAACCGCGCAAGGAACAUCAAGAACGCUCCGACAAAGAACGUGGACGCCCAUAUUGUAGAACUGCAUAGACUGAACAACCUCACACGUGUGAUGCAAUGUGAAUUGGUCAAAUUGCGUUUCAAAGAACGCCAACUUGGCACCGACGCAACAACUGAUGCUGACGAAAAGAUUGGUGAGAUCGACGACAGUUUGUUGAAUCGAUCUGAUGUCCAAGACUACAUUCUGCAACUCCAUGAAGUUGCGAAUCAAGCCGAGGCAUCGUCUUCUCUGCUCUUACUCCCAGCCCCUCCAGUGACAAAUCAACCUGGGGCUUUUCGCGUUUCACCGCCUUCUGCUAUGGAGUUUGCGUCCCCAGCAAGAACCAGAUUUUCCAACAAGCGAAGCCCGGUCAUUGAAGCUACUCCCAAUCGGUCCAUCUUGGAGAAGUUUGACGAUCCCCUACUAGAUGAGGUAGAUCCGGACGCAGAAAUGGCGAUUCUCGACCAGCUACUCGAAGUUCAGCAUCAGGACCAGAAAUUUGGCCAGCAGCAGGAGAAGGAUAACGAGCAGCUCCAGCAGGUAGAGGGCGAGUUGGCCGUGCAAGAAGGCUUGCUACUACAGCUCAAGGAGAGCUUGCGAGUGUACCACAAUAUGAAGGAGAAAUACGAAGUGUUGAUGGCCGAAGUGCAGCAGCUCGAAGUCGAAAAGGAACAGCUUGCCGAUCAGCUUGAAAAGGCAAAGGCAGAUCCAUCAACAGGCUGCUCUGCAUCCAUCAAGAAAAAGCUCGAAAAAGUGGAGCAGACCCUAUCUCGUGCGAGAAAUGAGACUCGUAAGCAUCGACAAAUGUGCCGCAAGGCGGAACAAGAAGCACAGAAAUGCAAAACUCUGGAGCGCAAAAUUACUGAGCUGAAGCACGGACGGGUUGCACUCAUGAAAAAGCAAAAGGAAGCUGCUGCGAAACACAAGGAAUACACAGACGCAAAAACUAGAGAGAUCAUGGCCCUCAAACGCAAAGAGAGGAAAGCGGAGAAGCAUGUUUCCAAGCUGCAGAAUGAAGUCCGACUUCACAAAAGCAACUUGAACAAGAGGCAGAAUUACAUCCACCAACUCAACAAGAAGAUGAAGCAAACCGAAACUCAUUUGAUGAAGGUUUUGUCUUCGCGACAACGAGACUUUAGACAACGGGCCAGCACCAUCGGAGCAGGUCGAAGGCGGUCCACAAUGCUGCCGCCUCUACCAAAUGCCGACGGUAAGGAGGACGAACCAAGUUUUGCUCCUCUUGAUGACGAAGUUAAGUCUGCCAAGUUCGUGCUUGAGAAGUUUGUCAAAGACAGGGUGACUCGAUCUGAACUACAGCAGAAGUACGAAGAGAGAGUGGCCGAAUACAGCGAGGCUAUGCGAGAAAUGGUCAAGGAGGUGAAGAUUCUAGAGAACACAGACGAUGAUGCAAUGGAAGACGAUGAUGUCGAGGAUCGCAAACAGAAUGUCGAAGAACUUGAACUGAAAGUGGAAGUGUUGGGAAGAGAACUCGAAGACUUGAGGGCCAGGCUGCCAAACAAUGACGACCCUGACGACAACAAUAAUGACACCACCGAGUCGGUUUUGGCUGCAAAGACAGCACCAGUGUUGCGUACGUUGCUCAUGGAGACCGUGGAGCUGUACGCAAAGACAGAGCUCGAGCGCCGCCGUGUGGCCAGUGCGGUUGCACGCAAAGAUUGCGCCCUCGUGAGCUUGGAGAAUGAAGUUGAAGCGCUCAGCAACAAGAUCACAGGGUUGACAAACGAUAUUUCACGUCGCCGUCGCCUUUCUGGCGAGGACCAGGUGCAAAUGUUGCAAAACUUGGAGGAAGAAAAGUCCAGUCUCGAAGACAAGCUGCGGGAAGCUCAGGACCGAUUGAACGAAGCAACAUCCUCAAAAGAACAGCUGCAAAAGGACAUGGAGAAACUUGGAGGCGAACAUGCUGCUGUCAAGGAGAAGCUUACACUCGCCGACACCAUCAUCCAGCAGACUGACGGAGUGCAUCCAUCGGAGGGGUUCUUUGAUAAGGCACAGCUACUUUGGCAAGAACUGGGUGUCGAUCUGGGCCACCGAGAGGCAAUUCGCCAGCAGAUUGAGUCUUGCCUGGAAGAUACAUGCGCUCGCAAACUGGAAGAAGCGUCAGAUUUGAAAUCGAAAACGUCAACCACCAUCAGUAGACUGGAAGGUGAACUCAACACAAUGCAAAGUGCACUAGGAUUGGAACUGGGAGACAGCACCUCUGAUCCAGCAGAGAUGACACUCUUGCAAAGAUUAGAGUGGUUGCAAGGUGAGAGUGCCAAGUUGCAGCCAACCGUCGCAGGGGCCCUCGAGAGACGAGAAAAGAUUGCACGGGAUGCCCAGGAGAUCACUUCGUCGAUGAUGAUUUCGAAAUCCGAUCUUUCCAGUGAUCUUCAGUCAUUGAUCCGGCACACGGCCGCGAUGCAAGCAUCUCAGGAGCAUGAGGACCCUGGUAUGAGCGGCGAAAAACAAAAUGGCCCCGUCCAAGGUAACUUGAGCGAUCGUUUCCUGUCGGGCUGCGAAGAAGAGCUCUCCUCGCUGAGGUUGAAGAAAGCGAGGCUUUUGGUGCGAAACACGGAAGUGCUGAACCUUUCGCACAAGCUCGUCCAAGAAAUGAACCUUUCUGAAGACGAGGUGGUUGCCGUGUCUCUUCACAGUGUGAAACAACGAUUGGACAACCUUCCCAGUUGGUGGGACCAGUCGCGUUUGGUGGAAGCAUCUACACGCGUCGUCCAAGGAAACGGAGUCCUUUCGGCAUCGCGGCCGUUUUCAGAUCAUUUGGAGAUGAUUCAUGACUCGCUGUCAAGUGUUGCCAAAGGGCGGAGUCAGCUCUCUUCGGUGCUCCGUGAAAUUGUCAACAGAGCACAGAAAACGCUGUUGGACACAGUCGAGAGAGAAUUGGAUGCCAGCGAAGCCUACACGAGCUUCCACGAUGCUCUCUUUCGGCUGCCGCCACUUUCCCAGGAGUUUGUGGAGGCGUGCAUUACAGAGAUGGAUGCUCUAAAGACAGGGGUCGAAACGAUGACUCAAAGCGAAAUUGAAGCUCUGACGGUUGUCUGGGAGGCUUUGAAUGUGUCGCUGCUCGAUCGCGGGAAGUUUUGGAGUGAAAUCGACGAGGCCACCAAGGCAAUGGAGAGCAGCACCGAAAGUCCUUUCGACGAAGUUCUUCGCAUCUGUACCGAGGACAAGGAACAAUGGGUGCUCACCGCGAUCAAGAACUGCCGAUCAUGCUACAAGAGACUCGAGACUAGACUGUUCAAGCUGGAGCGUAUUCACCGACAAGUCGAACGACUAAGGGCGAGACAAGACACGAAAAGCAGAAUCAUUUCUUUGGACUCUGAGCUGCGACUUCUGAGUGCAAGGCUCUCCGAGUUUGAGGUCAAGAGGUGCAGCAAGCAACGGCUGCUCACCAAGAAGUCUGGAAGCGCUGCACUGCUGAAGGAGGAGCGGUUUAGGAAGCAAAUGCAAGGUAAAUACACUGCCACGUUGGAGCAGUUGGCAGCGAUGUUGCAGCGAUGGAAAGACAAUGAAGGGGUGGGUUUCGAUCGGAAUCUGUUGAGCACCGAGGUUCGAACGUUACUGAAGAAGUCUGAUGGCGUGGACAAUUGGGUGGAGAAACGAACUGAAUUCAUGCAUCUGCGAAUGGUCCAGAGUGCCGUGAAGAGAAAGCCAGCUGAGAGAUCCUCCCGAUUGACCCCUCCGAGGAAGCGACCGGUGAAGCCGGCGGUUGAAAGCAGCACCAAGAAGAAACGGGAAGUAUCACGUGCAUCUCCAGCUCCUCAAAGACAGCGGAUUGUACCUUUGGAUCCAAACAGUGCACUGAAGAAGCGCAAGCCACAAGACAAGGCCAGGAGCACUCUGGCAAGCAGCAAGUCAACGAAAACGCAUCGGGCAGAUUCUCCGGGCAAGCCGCGUCCCCAGACCAAUAGGAACGGUGAGUCUUCCACAUUGCUACCAUUUGGAAAGGUGCUCUCUGAGCAUCCGGAGAAUGAGAACAAGAAGAAGCGACAGUCUACAAUGCUGCCUUUUGGCAACGUUCUUUCUGACAUUUCAGAAAACUAG